CGCGUGACCGCGCACUGCCGCGCGUCCCCGCCCCGCAGCAGCGGCACUGAUUAUCGAGGCGAAGUGGAGUUUUUCGGCGACGAGUCAGCGAGCUGCGGAGGGCCGCUCGAAACCCGAAUUACGUUCGCAGCAGCGAACACGCGCGGAUAAUAACAAAGGGGAAAAACACAGCAGCGCGGACGUGGGUUUUCGAGGAGUCGUUCGGCUGGCGAGCGGCGGCGGAGAGGACGGAAAACAAAUUAAUUGAAUUGGAAUGAAGGGAAUUAAAUAAGGGACGCGGGCUGCGAACUCUGCAAACGCAUCCCGACAGCGGGGCGACUCGAGCCCCACUUCCCACUGGCUUCAGCGGACCCGCCUGGAGUGGUGAUGCCUUGAGUCCGCGUCUUCUCCAGCCCAGUAAAGGACGCGCCAGUGCCGGGCUGCCGCUAAUGGGAACCCCUGCUCCGCCAUGAGUGGUCGUGAUGGCGGCGUCGGCGCCGGCGGCAUGGGCACACUGGGCCGGCGGCCGCGCUUCGAGAACUCCGAGUUCACCGUGCGCAUCUACCCGGGCGCCCUGGCCGAGGGGACCAUCUACUGCCCGAUCAGCGCCCGCAAGACCACCACAGCGGCCGAGGCCAUCGAGCGCGUCAUCGAACGCCUGCAGCUGGACCGCGCCAGGUGUUACGUUCUGGCCGAGGUGAAGGAGUUUGGCGGGGAAGAGUGGGUGCUGAACCCCAGCGACUGCCCCGUGCAGAGGAUGAUGCUUUGGCCCCGCGUGGCGUUGGAGCACCGCCCGCUGUCCGGCGGCGAGGACUACCGCUUCCUCCUCAGGCAGAAGAACCUGGACGGCUCCAUUCACUACGGCGGCAGCCUCCAGAUGUGGCUGCAGGUCACGGAGGAGCGCCGGCGCAUGACGGAGCGCGGCCUGCUGCCGCAGCCGGAUUCCCGGGGGGACCACGCGGAUCUGUGCCACCUGCCGGAGCUCAACGAACGCUCGCUGCUGGACAACCUGCGUUCCCGCUUCCGGCAGGAGAAGAUCUACACGUACGUCGGAAGCAUCCUCAUCGUCAUAAACCCCUUCAAGUUCCUGCCCAUCUACAACCCCAAGUACGUGAAGAUGUACGACAAUCAUGCACUGGGCAACCUGGAGCCGCAUAUUUACGCCGUGGCGGACGUGGCGUACCACGCCAUGCUGCAGAAAGAGAGCAACCAGUGCAUCGUAAUAUCCGGGGAGAGCGGCUCCGGGAAGACGCAAAGCACCAACUUCCUCAUUCAUCACCUGACCGCUCUCAGCCAGAAGGGAUUUGCCAGCGGAGUGGAGCAGAUCAUCUUGGGGGCCGGGCCAGUGCUGGAGGCUUUUGGGAACGCGAAGACGGCGCACAACAACAACUCGAGUCGCUUCGGCAAGUUCAUCCAGGUGAACUACCAGGAGAGCGGAACUGUGAGAGGAGCGUAUGUGGAGAAAUACCUGCUGGAGAAGUCCAGGCUGGUGUAUCAGGAGCACAAUGAGCGAAACUACCACGUGUUCUACUACCUGCUGGCAGGAGCGAGUGACGAAGAGAGGGAAGCCUUUCACCUGAUGAAGCCCGAGGAAUACCAUUACCUCAGCCAGAUGACAAAGUCCACCCAGCAGCUGCGCUGGGACAGUAACUGUGAGAGUGAAGCGGACUGCUUCACAGUGGAAGGAGAAGACCUGAAGCAUGACUUUGAGAGGCUUCAGCUGGCCAUGGAGAUGGUGGGCUUUCUUCCCUCCACGCGGAAGAAGAUCUUCUGCCUGCUGUCGGCCAUCCUCCACCUGGGGAACAUCCGCUACAAGAAGAAAGCCUACAGGGACGACUCCAUCGACAUCUGCAACCCAGAGGUGCUGCCCGUCGUCUCCGAGCUGCUGGAGGUCAAAGAGGAGAUGUUGUUUGAAGCGCUGACGACGCGGAAGACGGUGACGGUGGGCGAGCGGCUGAUUGUUCCCUACAAGCUCUCGGAGGCCGGUACGGUGAGAGACUCCAUGGCCAAGUCCCUCUACAGCGCUUUGUUCGACUGGAUCGUCUUCAGGAUCAACCACGCGCUGCUCAACAUCAGGGACCUGGAGGAGACCACCAAGAUCUUGUCCAUCGGGGUGCUCGACAUCUUCGGGUUCGAGGACUACGAGAACAACAGCUUCGAGCAGUUCUGCAUCAACUUCGCCAACGAGCGCCUGCAGCACUACUUCAACCAGCACAUCUUCAAGCUCGAACAAGAGGAGUACAGGGCGGAGGGCAUCAGCUGGCGAAACAUCGACUACAUCGACAACACGGGCUGCAUCAACCUGAUCAGCAAGAAGCCCACGGCCCUGUUCCACCUCCUGGACGAGGAGUGCAAUUUCCCUCAAGCCACCAACCAGACGCUGUUGGAUAAAUUCAAGCGGCAGCACGAGGGGAACAGCUACAUCGAGUUCCCCGCUGUCAUGGAGCCCGCCUUCAUCAUCCGACACUAUGCCGGCAAGGUCAAGUACGGGGUCAAGGACUUCAGGGAGAAGAACACGGACCACAUGCGUCCGGACAUCGUCGCCUUGCUGAAGAGUAGCAAGAACGCCUUCAUCUGCGGCCUGAUGGGCAUCGACCCGUCGGCCACCUUCCGCUGGGCGGUGCUCCGAGCCUACUUCAGGGCCCUGGUGGCCUUCAGGGAGGCCGGGAAGAGACACACGCAGAAGAAGACCGGGCAUGAUGACGCUGCUCCCUGUGCAGUUUUGAAAAGUGUGGAUAGUUUUAGCUUUCUGCAGCACCCUGUGCAUCAGAGGAGCUUAGAGAUCCUGCAGAGGUGCAAAGAGGAGAAGCACACUCCAGAAGAGAGUGAACAUGUUGUAAAAAGUGAUGAAACUGAAAACGGUGUGAGCAGAAAGAGUCCACGCACGCCGCUCUCAGACCUCCAGGGAAGCAACACCGUCAACGAGAAGUCGCCCCGGAGUUCUCCGAGCCUCGGCUGGAACGGGCGCCCGGGCCGGAGGAGCCGCUCGCCGGCGGAGGAAGACGGCAUCUUCGUCAACUCUGCCAGCAGCAAACUCCUGGAGCGGGCCCACGACAUCCUGAUGAGGAACAAAACCUACAAAUCUAAGCCCGUUCUUCCGAAGCAUCUACUGAACGUCAAGUCCCUGAAGUACCUCAGCAACCUGACGCUUCACGACCGCAUCACCAAGUCGCUGCUUCACCUGCACAAGAAGAAGAAACCGCCCAGUAUCAGCGCCCAGUUCCAGGCCUCCCUCAAUAAGCUGAUGGAGACUCUGGGUCAGUCCGAGCCCUAUUUCGUCAAGUGCAUCCGUUCCAACGCUGACAAGCUGCCCUUAAGGUUCAAUGACGACCUGGUGCUGAGGCAGCUGCGCUACACCGGCAUGCUGGAGACGGUGCGCAUCCGACUGUCGGGCUACAACAUCAAGUACAGCUUCAAGGAUUUUAUCCAUCACUUCAGUGUGUUGCUCCCGGAGCGCGCCAGGGCCACCAGAGACGGCAUCCAGCAGAGCCUGGACCAGCUGGACCUCCAAGCAGAUGGGUACCAAGUGGGAAAGACGAUGGUGUUCCUCCGGGAGGCUGAGCGCCAGCGGCUCCAGGCCGUCCUCCACGCCGAGGUGCUCAGACGCAUCGUUGCGCUGCAGCGGCGGUUCAGAGCGCUGCUGGAGAGGAAGCAGUUUGUGAGAAUGAGAGAAGCAGCGACCUGCAUCCAGAAGUGGUGGCGUUUGUGCCGGCCCACAGAGGAUUAUGGCCCUGGCGUCCAGGAGGGGGCGGCAUUGUGUCUGCAGACGCACUGGCGGGGGUUCAGGGAGCGUCACAGGCUCCGGCUGUGGAGGGAGGCCGCCCUGGUGCUGCAGCGGGCGUGGAGGUCAUGGCUCUGCCGCCGCGGCACGGCGGCCACGGUCAUCCAGACGGCCUGGCGCUGUCAUCAAGCCAGAGACGCCUACCUGCGUCUGUACGCCGCCGUGACGCAACUACAGGCGACCGGCAGAGGCUUCCUGGCCAGGCGGAGCUUCGAGCAACUGAGAGAACAGCGGCUGCGGGAGGAGACGGAGCGGCAGGAGACGCUGCUUGCUCGGCAGAAUGGCCGGCUGCGUCCGUCGCCGGAAGAGGAGCCGACGGAGAGGGUGAUGGGGUUGGACCUCAGCACGUGGGAGGAUCGCUCCGACGAGCAGCGAGAACGGAGCCUCCAGAUCCCGAGCAGCCACGAGGGCGCCGUUGAUGAGGAAGGAGGAGGGGAGGACGCUGGGGCAGGAGAGGGUCCCCCAGGCGAGUCAUCGGACCCCAUCCAGACGUCUACGGUGGUGGUGCGAGAGAGGCCCAGAACUUUAGAGGAGCCCAGCCAGAAAACCACUCGGGCCAAGAGGGAGAGUCGGCGGAUGAGGGAGUUGGAGCACGCCAAGUUCAGCCUGGAGCUCCUCAAGGUCCGGGCGACCGGCGGCGGAGCGUCCUCCCCGUCGGAGGAGCGCCGCUGGUCCGUGGAGCUGGUUGCGCCGGCGACGCCGCCUCCCCGUUCGCCGCAGGGAACGCCCGACAGCCAGAGCUCCAAGGGCAGCUUCGAGCUGCUCAGCAUGGACGACGAGGCGCCCCGGGCCGUGGAGGAGGUGACCGACAGCGAGGACCUCUGCUCCCCCGUCGCUUCGGCAGCUCCGGUACCUGAGCCCGGUGCGGAGGAGGCCCCGUCGAGCCCACGCGGCACGGACGCGCUGGCCGAGCGAGGCCGGCGGCGGGAUCCCACGGCCGCCUCGAGAACCAGGAUCGAGAACCACCUCCCCACCUUUUACGUCCCCGCUGGUCAGGGCGGCGCGGCCGUCUCCCCUCGUCCCGCUGGAGAGCCCGAACGGAACACGGAGGCAGCCGCCUCCAGAGACCCCGCCGACGUCCCCGAGCUUGUCAAAGAGAGGCGGGAGUCACCGCGGCAACCGGUGGUGGUGAUCAUCAGCAUGCAGAAAGAAUCGCCGAUGAGCCCAGAGCUGAGGGGUCUCACGCCUCCGCCCGUAGACCCGGGGGCUCAGAAGGGGUGGAGACACCACCCUGCUCCCGUCCCCACCUCCGUCCCUCAGACCGACCAGUUUCUCAUCGAGAAGCUGGUGCGACUGAACGAGGAGAAGGAGGCGAGGCAGCGUAACCUGCAGCAGCAGAACGAGAAGGAGAUGAUGGAGAAGAUCAGAGAGCAGAAAGAAGCGCUGGAGCAACAGCGUCUCUUCUUAGCUCAGAGCGAGAGGGACCUGUUCGAGAAAAAGCGAGAGGAAGCGCUGCAGAAGAUACAGCAGAGCCGCCGCCGCGCCGGCGAGGACGUCGGGAGCCCCGGAGAGCGCCGCAGGCCCAGCUCGCUGCUGAUCGAGAGGGCGGCGGGGCUCGCGCCUCACCCGAGGACGCAUUCGGAGUCCACCGUCCCGCCGGCGCGCUCUCGCCCCGGCGAGACGCAGCCGCAGCUGCCCCCGCCCCCCGCCUCUGUUCCCAGGGAGCGACGCAAAGGGAGCGGGCCCGCUGCCGAAGGCUGGGCGCCAAAACUCACGCUGCAGUCCAAAGAAAGGGGCGGGAUCAGAGCGAGAGCGGCGGCGAGGAAGACGCCAAGUGAUCAAGGGCCAACAGUUGGUUUGAAGGAAAAAGGCAAAAUCUUCUUCUCUCCAACGGACAAAGUGACGUUUACAAACAGGUUCGACAGUGAAGCGGCCUCCAAACUAACGCCUGCAGCCAUUCCCAGAGAAGCUCCGCCCCCCGUCUCCAAGCCCUGUAAAGGGGCGAAAACACGGGACGUUGGCAGAGCGGGCCAAAAAAAGAAAGUCAGAAUGGCACGAACCCGCUCCGACUUCCUCACCCGCGCCCCCUCCCUCUCGGUUGGGGGCGACUCGGACGAGGCUGACUACGAAGACGACGGCGUCCCCCGCCACAGCAGUCUGGCCUUCCCCAAACCGAGCGCCGCCGACGCGGGCUUAAUGAAGUCCUGUUUCAGUGACUCUGAAAUGGAUACAACCUCUGAGGAGCAACAGAAGAUCCACAAAGCCAUGUCGUCAGGAGAUUUGGUCAAAGUGGACUCCAUGCGCAAAAACUCUCACGAUGGAAGUUUGGCCAGGGCUCGUAGGCUUCGUUUCUGGACCAAGCCAAAGUAUGGGGAGAAGAAGACCUCCAGAGAGAAGCUGAUCUGCGGGGCCGAUUCCCCGGACGGAGACUACGGGGAAACCGGGCCGCUGCUGGGAGACGGUCAGGAGAACACGUCGCCCCCCUGCAGCCCCGGCUCGAUGCCCGAUCGCGGCUUCAGAGACCUGAAGGAGAACAAGGAGCCGUCUCCCAAGGUGAAGCGGCGGCGCAGCGUGAAGAUCAGCAGCGCCGGCCUGGAGCCCGCCCAGUGGCAGAACGACGCGCUGCAGAUCCUCACCUGCACCAACGACUACCGGAGCAUGAACGACUUCCUCAUGAAGAAGAUCAACGACCUGGACAACGAGGACAGCAAGAAGGACACCAUGGUGGACGUCGUCUUUAAAAAGGCCCUGAGGGAAUUUCGUCUGAACAUCUUCAACUCUUACUCCACAGCGCUCGCUAUGGAUGAUGGUAAGAGCAUCCGCUACAAAGACCUCCACGCUCUGUUUGAGGACAUCUUGGAGAAGACCAUGCGACAGGAGCAGAGGAACUGGAGGGAGUCUCCUGUCACCGUGUGGGUCAACACCUUUAAGGUUUUCCUGGACGAGUUCAUGACCGAGUACAAACCUCUGGACAGCACACCCAGCAAGCAGGUACCUAAGCCUGAACGCAAAAAACGGAGGAAAAAGGACCCAGACAUUGUGGAGGAGCAUAACGGCCACAUCUUCAAGUCCACCCAGUACAGCAUCCCCACGUACUGUGAAUACUGCUCCUCGCUCAUCUGGAUGAUGGACCGUGCGUGCGUGUGCAAAUUGUGCCGCUUCGCCUGCCACAGAAAGUGCUGCCAGAAGACGACCAACAAAUGCAGCAAGAAGUUUGAUCCAGAGCUUUCCUCCAGACAGUUCGGAGUGGAGGUUUCCCGUCUGACCAACGACGAGAGGACGGUGCCCCUGGUGGUGGAGAAGCUCAUCAACUACAUCGAGAUGCACGGACUCUACACCGAGGGCAUCUACAGGAAACCCGGCUCCACCAACAAAAUCAAGGAACUCAAGCAGGGACUCGACACAGACGUCGACAGCAUGAACCUGGACGACUACAACAUCCACGUCAUCGCCAGCGUCUUCAAGCAGUGGCUGAGGGACCUGCCUAACCCUCUGAUGACCUUUGAGCUGUACGAGGAGUUCAUACGUGCCAUGGCGUUGCGGGAUAAAAAGGAGACGGUCAGAGGAGUGUAUUCAGUCGUCGACCAGCUAAGCAGAACCCACCUGAACACUCUCGAGCGUCUCAUAUUUCAUCUCGUCAGGAUCGCCUUACAAGAGGACACGAACCGCAUGUCGGCCAACGCCUUGGCGAUCGUGUUUGCCCCCUGCAUCCUGCGCUGCCCCGACACCAUCGAUCCAAUGCAGAGCGUCCAAGACAUCGGCAAGACGACCGCGUGCGUAGAACUUAUCAUUUGUGAACAGAUGAAUAAGUACAAAAUCCGACUAAAAGACAUCAACAGCCUGGAAUUUGCAGAGAAUAAGGCCAAGCUCAGACUGACCAUCAUUCGACGGUCGAUGAAACCCGUACUAAUAGCUGUUAGAUUUAUGAGCACUAUGCAGACACAUGCGGCUAAAAAGGGAAGAGGCCGCGUGCCGCGAGCGAGCUACCACACGCCGUCGCCUCCGGUCAGUCCGCGGCUCCCGUCUGUGGCCGAGCCGCUGAUCGAGAAGAGCGGCAGUGAAGGAGACGACUCGUUUGCCGAAAUCUCGGAGCAUCAGCAGGCGGCCAUGCGGCAGGAGGAGAGAGUGCUGACGGAGCAAAUUGAAAGCCUGCAGAAAGAGAAAGAGGAGUUGACUUAUGAGAUAUUGGCUCUGGAGCCACGCGCAUCGGACGAUGAGACCCUUGAGUCGGAGGCUUCUAUCGGUACAGCCGACAGCUCUGAGAACCUCAAUGUGGACUCUGAGGGAACCAUUUCCGACUUCUCUGAGAGAGGUCCAGUGAUGACUUCCCCCUGGCCCCGGAAGUCCGACAUGACGAGGUCCGACACGACGAGGUCCGACAUGACGAGCCCCCGACGCCGAACUGUCCGCCGGCAGCCUGACUCCCUGGACUCCGUGGACUCCUGCUCGAGCGUUUCGUCCUACUCUUCCUCAUCCCACUUUCAGCCGUCGUCCUCUUCCCCCUCUGCCAGCGCCCGCCGUUUUCAUUUCCCCUCCAAGUCUCCUCCCUCCAGCCUGGCCCAGGCGCAGCCGGCGAGUGCGUCUCAAGCCUCCCGAGCCGACAACACAGCGGAUCAGGAGGGAGCGAAUGAUGAAAGGCCCCAGUUUACAAGCAGAGGCACCUUCAACCCGGAAAAGGGCAAACAGAAACUUAAGGGGGCCAAGCAUUCGACCCUGAGGCACUCCAGAGACGGCACUGGCCACCGCAGGGACCCUCCCGACAUGCCCCAGCCGCUGGUAUUGUACGGCAGUAAUGAAUUCAUGGUAUGAAGGACACCGAGACACCAAAGCACUCCCUAUCCAGCUCCCUGGCUGACGUAUACGUUCUCAGUAGCGUGCUGCCGACGGAUAUCCGCUCCUCAAAGCGCUCUCGCUUAGCCUUUUUCUUGCAAAAAAACAAAAAAAAAGUGGCCCCAAGUGCCGUGUGCAGUGUUUCCACCUCCAGAGGGGGGGGAUCCGUGAAAAAGGCCCCUCUUCUGCGGACCGAACCGCCUCCCGCGCUCUCGCAGUGCCUCGGCAGCUCUCCAUUCGGCGCCACGAGGAGACGCGCCGAGCGGGAGGACGAUACUGACCGCUAAGCGCCGGGCGGAAGGUCACAGAGCUGGAAAGCUGCAGCAGUGUACUUUCAGUAAAUGAAACCCGGCAACAUCACAAUGUUACAGUGAAAACAGUAAAGCUCACAGUUAUUAGCUGCUUUAUGAGUUUACCGUUUAUUACAGUCAGUGUAAGCAGUGGUUGAUCUGUUACUACAAUUUUUUUCCCUUAUUUAAUACGUUUUAAUGGGACAGACAUUCUUUAUAGCAUAUAAUAUACAGGUAUAAAUACUGUACAAAGCCGGAACACCAGCUUCUGCUGGGUAGGGUAGUUAAAGUCAAAUAUUUAUCUUCUUUUUUUUUUUUUUUCUCAUGAGUAUCUUGGACAGAGAUGCACGGAUUUGGGCACUUGGAUGGUUGUGUGUGUGAAUAUGUGCUGAGCACUUAUGCAGCUUGACUGACCGUAUGUGUGAGAAAGAGAAAAACCACUCCAUGUGUUGUAAGUUUCCCCCUUACAAGGGAAACGACGCCAUCAAAGGGACCAAGUCAGCUGGUGUUCAUUCCAGCGAAAGGGGAUCCCAGCUCUGUAAAAAUGUUGGAUGUGUAUGAAAUCCCUGCAUUCACUGCUUAACCGCCAUACCACAAUUGUAAUUGUACAGUACCUAUGUACAGUAUAGUCUAUUCUUGAACCCAUCCCCACCUCCUGUCGCGUGUAUUUUCUCAAUAGCAACCAAGAAAGUACAUAAAAUCCCUAUGCGUUUUGUU